AUGGCACCCUCGUCCAUGCCGCCUUCGAGUCCACCCCAGGCUUUCAGUGACUUUGAAGACGCAGCGGAUGGGGAUGAGGCGAGGGAGGAGAGUGUUGUUGACGAUGAGCUGGACGCUAGGCAGCUCGGUGAUGGCUACCAAGAGGAUGAUGAGGACGCAGAAGGGGAGGGAGAAGACCUGUUUGGAGAGAACAUGAACAACGACUACAUUCAUAAUCCAGCACUUGACAAUUACGAUCGGGCACUGGGCAUCGACGACGAUGUUAGUGACACCGAGAUGGACGCUAACGCCAGACGACUUGCUGAGCUCCGUAUGAGCCGUCGAGACCGAGCCGAAGGCAAGGGUCGCUACGGCAAGCAAACCCGAGCACCGGCUUUCCUGCAGUCGGACGAUGACCUGUCCUCCGACGAAGGAGGAGCCACUCGCCGACGUCGCCGCCGACACUACGAUGAACAAGCCAUCGACGAUGACGAAGCCGGUGCAGAUGAGCUACCUCUCGAACAGCUCGGAGACGUCAAGGCAGAAAGUAUUGCAGCAUGGGUAGCCACCGAGAGUGUGCGGCGCACAGUGGUGAGGGAGUUCAGGAACUUCCUUGUCACCUACGUCGACGAGAACGGUGUAUCAGUGUACGGUCAGCGCAUCAAGACGCUGGGAGAGAUGAACUCCGAGUCGCUCGAGGUCUCUUUCCUGCAUCUGGUCGACUCCAAGGCUAUCCUUGCCUAUUUCCUGGCCAACUCGCCCACAUCUAUGCUGCCGAUCUUCGACGCCGUCGCCUUCGAUGUCAUUCUACUCUACUACCCGGCAUACGACCGCAUCCACCCUGAGAUUCACGUCCGCAUCUCAGACCUGCCCACAUCUUCUUCACUGAGAGACCUCCGACAAGGCCACCUCAACUCGCUAGUGCGAGUCAGCGGAGUAGUGACUCGCCGAACCGGCGUCUUCCCCCAAUUGAAGUAUGUCAAGUUCGACUGUCUCUCCUGUGGUGAGGUCCUGGGUCCCUUCUGGCAGGACGCAGCUCAAGAGGUCAAGAUUAGCUACUGCUCCAACUGUCAGAAGCGUGGACCUUUCCGCGUCAAUGCUGAGCAGACGGUGUACCGCAACUACCAGAAGAUGACACUUCAGGAGUCGCCUGGAAGCGUCCCACCUGGUCGUCUGCCACGCCAUCGUGAGGUGAUCCUGCUGUGGGAUCUAAUCGACUCUGCCAAGCCCGGAGAGGAGAUUGAGGUCACUGGAGUGUAUCGCAACAACUUUGAUGCUUCGCUGAACACCAAGAAUGGAUUCCCAGUCUUUGCGACGGUGCUCGAGGCCAACCACAUUGCAAAGAGGGACGAUGCGUAUGCUGCGUUCAGGAUGACCGAAGAGGAUGAGCGAGCCAUCAGGGCUCUCGCUCGAGACCCUCGCAUCGGCAAGCGUAUCGUCAAGUCGAUUGCGCCUUCCAUCUACGGCCACGACGAUAUCAAAUUGGCCGUGGCGUUGUCCCUCUUUGGCGGUGUGCCGAAGGACGUCGGAGGCAAGCACCGCAUCCGUGGUGACAUCAACUUGCUGCUGCUGGGUGACCCUGGUACAGCCAAGUCUCAAUUCCUCAAGUACGUCGAGAAGACUGCUAGCCGAGCCGUUUUUACGACGGGUCAAGGAGCGAGUGCCGUCGGUCUGACAGCCAGUGUGCGCAAAGAUCCAAUCACACAAGAGUGGACGCUCGAAGGUGGUGCUUUGGUGCUGGCUGACAAGGGCACGUGUCUGAUCGACGAAUUCGACAAGAUGAACGAUGCAGACAGGACCUCCAUUCACGAGGCCAUGGAACAGCAGAGCAUCUCCAUCUCCAAGGCUGGAAUCGUCACUACGCUUCAGGCUCGCUGUGCCAUUGUCGCUGCUGCCAAUCCCACAAGAGGUCGCUACAACCCCACGAUUCCCUUUAGUCAGAACGUGGAGCUGACAGAGCCCAUUCUGUCUCGUUUCGACAUCCUCUGUGUGGUGAAAGACACAGUCGACCCGGUCAAGGACGACAUGCUGGCUCGCUUCGUAGUAGGCUCUCAUCUUCGCUCCCACCCCGGCUUCGACGAGGAAGUGGACGAGGCGCGUGUAGCUACCUCUCUGGAUGCAGACAUCAUCCCGCAGGACCUGCUGCGUAAGUACAUUAUGUACUCCAAGGACCGUAUCCGCCCCAAGCUGCACGCCCUCGAUCAAGAUCGUCUAUCGCGACUGUACGCCGACUUGCGCAGGGAGUCUCUCUCCACGGGCAGCUACCCAAUCACGGUGCGUCACUUGGAGAGCAUGAUCCGUAUGGCCGAGGCGUCUGCCAAGAUGCACCUGCGUGAAUUUGUGCGAACGGACGACAUCGACACUGCCAUUGGUGCUACGAUUGAGUCCUUUGUCAGUGCACAAAAGAUGAGCGUCAAGAAGACGCUGGAGCGCGGAUUCCGCAAGUACCUCAACACAUCCAAGGAUCACGACGAGCUGCUGGCCUUCCUGCUUGGAGGCAUCAUCAAGGACCGUAUGAGAUUCGCCCACGCCAGACGUGGUCAGCAGCAACAGCAACAACAACAAAGUGGCGAGGAGAGGAUGGUGAGCGUUCCUGUGAGCGAGCUGGAGAAGCGGGCAAAGGAGGUAGACGUACACGACGUACGACCCUUCCUACACUCGAGGCUCUUCCUCGCCAAUGGCUAUCGAUGGGACGAGGAGAGACGCGUGGUGGAGAAGCGCUUUGGCAGUGCCGGUGGAGCGGCGGAGCUUUGA